AUGUUCCCAUUACAGUCCGCGGAUACUAUCUUGGAGCACGACAUCGACGAUCCGGCUAUCCCGGCUAUUUGCUCUAAUGAGAACUUGAGAGGAAGUGUCCCAAUGAAGCACAAGUUCAGAACUGAUAAAGUGUACACAUUUUGCUACUAUUCUAUGUACUGUGAUUUCGUCACUUGGGAUAUACGUAACGUCUUCGGUGUAUCCGGUGCCUGUUUGAAGUCUAUGCUCGGGCCUCAGCCAUUCCGCAUUGCAUUGAAGGACCCAGUCAACAACGA